CGCACGCACAGGGUAUGAGCUCUCGACUCUACAGUCUACGAGCGCGCGCAUUACAAAGAGAUGCGCUGGUGCUUUUAAUGAACGAAGGAUAAAAACGUCUCCGUCAGACUAGUCUUCAUCUGUUCUUGCCUCGAUUCCUAACGUAGUUCUGGCGAUCACGUGACUUGCGGCGCUCGACCUGCUGCGGGAGGCUGAAGGCGCGUCGGGCUGUGCGUUGUCAACGCGUGAACGCACUGAUUUAACAUUUUAUUUAAAUAUUUUCAUCACAUCACAUACGAGCCGAAGUUCAGGAGCAGUGCUUCUUCUUCAUCAUCAUCAUCGUCAUCAUUAUCAUUAUUAUUAUUAUUAUUAUUAUUAUUAUUAUUAUUAUUAUUAUUAGGCGGACACUGAGAAAACAGGACACCUGUAUUAGAAGUACGGCGGAAUGAUGAAGGCGCGACGGCAGCUCUGCCACAGUCACCUUGCACCGAAUGACACGGAGAGCCAAGACGAGCGGGCAGUGAUGCACGGCGUCUCCAAUUAACGCGCUCUUCACACUCAAUCCGCUCGUUACUGACUACACGUUACUCUAGAGCUCAAUUGAGGUUUGCGUUUGCAUUGCUUCAUUGUCCUCUUUAACGGUGAGAAUUCACCCCUCUGAAUUCGCGCUCUAAAGACGAGACUCGCACCAUCACCAUACACUCACAGGUGUUGCGCUAUUUAUAAGAUUCGUGUUUUGUUUUCGGAACGUUUUCGGCUCUGUAGAUGCGUGUUUUGCAUAAGUACGAGCGGCGCUGGCCUGUUGGCAUUCUUCUCACUCCCACCCCUAUUUCCCGGUAGCCAUGCCCGAGGUAGGUGGCAGAUAAUGCCCAGGGCGUCGCGAUGGGCCACCACGGCGACGAGAAGGACCGUAUUGUGAUUAACGUGGGCGGCAUCAAGCACCAGACGUACCGCGGCACGCUACGCACGCUCCCCGGCACGCGCCUCUCGUGGCUCGCUGAACCUGACGCCGCAAGUCACUUCGACUACGACGCGACAGUCGGUGAGUUUUUCUUCGAUCGGCACCCGGGUGUCUUCGCGCACAUCCUAAACUACUAUCGCACGGGCAAGCUGCACUGCCCGGCGGAUGUGUGCGGUCCGCUCUACGAAGAGGAGCUUGCCUUCUGGGGCAUCGACGAAACCGACGUGGAGCCGUGCUGCUGGAUGACUUACCGGCAGCACCGCGAGGCCGAGGAGGCGCUGGUUAGUUUCGGCGGCGCCGCGUUGCUCGAAGCCGGUGGCGCACACGAUGAAACGGAGGCAGAAGGCGGCACGCACGAGGCGCCCGCCGAAGGGGACGAAGGAGCGGAAAUGACGCGACGCCUAGCGCACGGAGACUCUCCCGAAAGCCGCUCAGGCCGCUGGAACCGAUGGCAGAGGAGGAUGUGGGCGCUCUUCGAGGACCCCUAUUCCUCCAAAUACGCGCGGUGGGUGGCUUUUGCAUCUCUGUUCUUUAUCCUGGUUUCCAUCACUACAUUUUGUCUGGAGACUCAUGAGGCCUUUAACCCCAUCAUCAACCGCACAGAAAUAGAAAUGGUGGACAAUGAAACCGUGGUGCGUAUUUACCCCGAGACUGAGACCAUGGUGCAGCUAACAUACAUCGAGGGGGUCUGUGUGAUCUGGUUCACCUUUGAGUUUUUAAUACGAAUAACUUGCUGUCCCGACAAAAUCAAAUUCAUCAAGAAUGCCCUUAACAUCAUUGAUUUUGUGGCCAUCCUGCCUUUCUACCUGGAAGUAGGACUGAGUGGCCUGUCCUCCAAAGCCGCAAAAGACGUGCUAGGGUUCCUGCGUGUUGUGCGCUUUGUCCGGAUUCUGCGUAUCUUCAAACUGACGAGGCACUUUGUUGGUCUGCGGGUGCUGGGUCACACACUCCGUGCCAGUACCAAUGAAUUCAUCCUCCUCAUCAUCUUCCUGGCCCUCGGGGUCCUCAUAUUUGCCACCAUGAUUUACUAUGCGGAACGUAUCGGAGCCAACCCUAACGAUCCCCGUGCUAGUGAACACACACAUUUCAAGAAUAUCCCCAUUGGUUUCUGGUGGGCUGUGGUCACCAUGACGACGCUUGGCUAUGGUGACAUGUAUCCUCAGACGACGUCGGGUAUGUUAGUGGGGGCGCUUUGUGCUCUGGCUGGUGUGCUUACCAUUGCCAUGCCUGUGCCUGUGAUUGUCAACAACUUCGGCAUGUAUUAUUCUUUGGCAAUGGCUAAACAAAAACUACCAAAAAAAAAGAGCAAGCAUAUCCCAAGGGCACCACAGUUGGGGUCCCCCAACUACUGUAAGUCAGCCAUUAACUCACCAAGACCCAGCACUCACAGUGAUACCUGCCCUCUGGCCCAGGAAGAAGUCUCUGAGAUUAGAUACCAAGAUUUCAAAGUGAACGGAGAGCCAUCUAAAGCGGCCCUGGCCAAUGAAGACUGUCCCCACAUCGACCAGGCUGUAUCACCUGAGGAGGUUUUCAGCCCUGUAGACCGUGAGAGACCCUGUUUCCUGCUCACCUCCCCAGAUCGGGGCAAUCACAUAGGGGCAAGAGUCAGGAAGGGUUAUGAAAAGCCAUGGAGCCAUAGCAGCAUGUCUGGAGGCGUGGCCUCAGUGUCGGCCCUCCCCUGCAGCCCGCCCUGUCUCAUGCAGCAGGCCCACUCCCCCAUCCCAUCCAUCCUGUAGCAUGGACAAGCAAACUAACCAAUCAGAGGCUCCGCUCUGCAGCGCUGCGCUGAGACGCCCGCCCACACUGUGUAUCAUCCGUCUGUCAUCAGCCUUCAGUUCUUCAGUAUCUCUUUUCUAACAUUCACAUCAUCAUCAUAAUCAUCAUUUUCUUCUUUUACCUCUUCCCCUUUUCCUUCCUCCUCCUUCUUCUUCUUCUUCUUCUUCUUCUUCUUCCUAUUCUUCUUCUUCUUCUUCUUCUUCUUCUUCUUCAUCACUUAUUGGUUUUCUCAUAGAAAACAUCUACUGACAGCGUAAUAUUCCAUAUUGUAUUCCAUAGACAUCUCCUUCUUUUCUUUCCUUUUCUAUUCACUCACCGUGUCUGAUCUCUUUCCCCUACACUAUCAUGCUUUCCCUUUCUCUAUCUCAGCAUCCCCUCUUCCCCCAACUUCACUUUCCCCUCUUUUUACUGUUCAUAAAGCUGUGGUUUUUCAUCAGGUGCUAUCGGACACCAUUUUGGAAAAAGAAAAGUAAAGAAAAGACAAUAGCGGUUUCAUAUAGUAUUUCAUAAAGCGCUAAAAAAAACAGCCAUGGAAUUAAAGCAGUUAGUAACACUAAACAAUCAUGACUUUAGUGAUGCACAACAUAAACCACCAACAUAAAUCUAUGACUGAAGAAAACUCAUUUGCAUUGCAUGCCUUGCAUGGGAAACUGAGAAAACAAAUGUAAGUCUAAUGAAAUCAUGUGAGGACAAUAUUUUGUUUGACAUUGAACAUCCAGAGCUUCUUUGACAAAAAUGGAAUGCAUAUGCAGAAUGUGAUCAUUUAAGAUGAUAGAAAUGACAUGUAGCAAUCAGGACGUUUCCUUUGCCAACAUUUAAAUUUAUUUUUAAUUUUUUUUGCCUUUCCCCAAACCGUGAGCUUGUGUGCGUUUGAGCACAUGCCAUAUUUCUAAUAGUAGCAGUGGUCUCUUUGGCCAUCCAGUUUUUCUUCUUGGAGGAAAAAAUGACAAAAAAAAAAAUGCAAAUAGUGAAAUAAUGCACUUUAAUUUUGAUAAAGUCUUUAAAAAAAAAAAAAAACAGACUUAUUCCACUUUACUCCAGUCCAGCUAUUGAGAUUAAAAUACAUUUUUUAAGUUCUGCAUAUAUUUUUUCAGAAAUUCAGUUACAUACAGUGGUAUUUGGAGUAAUUUGUUGUUCUCUGUAGCAAGUCAAUUAUGAGAAUGUACAACGUAAGAAUAUGUUCACUUCGCAAAAACAAACAAACAAACAAACAAAAAAUAUCUAUAUAUAAAUGUACUUUUGGAGUUAUUUGGGGAAAGGUAAAUGCAUGCACUUUUAUGCAAAAUAAUAUCUACCCUAUGCGAAUGACACUGUAAAUAAAAACAUUGCAUGAAAUAAAUUUUGUAUUGAAUCCA